AUGGAGUUUAAUGCGAUGGCAGCUUCCGAAAAGCCAAGUCAAAAUUACCCAGUAGAAAUAUAUGGAUUCCCUGAUUUUGUGCAUGUUCCUCCGAAGAAAGCUCAUUAUGAUGCUUGGAGUAGCAGCACUGGAAGUAGCAGUGGAUGCAGUAGCAGUAGUAGCCCGAAUCAUCUGGAAGAACUUCAUGUGGAUAUCCCACACACAUCAACUGCCUCAAUAGCUUCAACCAGCACCAUCUCACAUCCUUCAUCUGAUAACACUGUAUCUACGACACUAGUUGAUGAAGCAGCUGCUCCGACGUUCACCGAUCUUAUGCCAGUGCCUCCAAAAGUUAAUUCGACAAUGCACAGUGGGCAUAGGACAAGUAACAUUCGUGCCGAUGUUCCACAAAUCGCUGGUGUACCCAGCUUCAAUCAAACGGAAUUUCAUGCGGCAAGUCCGGCUGUGAAUACGGUAGCACCAGUUGUUCCGAAACCCGUUCAUGGAGCACCUGAGAGUGAUAACGAUGUACCUUUGAUCACUCAUGAUGCUCGUUUUUCAAGCUACGCCGAAUUUGACGAGGCAUUUGAGGCGUGGAAAAGAAAAUGCUUGCAUCCAUUCCGUGUGGCUUCAUCAGAAACAUUGAGAGAACCUGAUGGAACGGUCAAUCAUCGCUUCAAAUAUCGCUAUGUGGUGUUUCACUGUGCUCAUUAUGGUGAGCCAAGAAUGAGAGGUAUUGGCAAACGCCCCAAUCAACACUAUUUGCCAUCAGGAUGUCGAGCAAUGCUUCGCUUGAACUACAGUUUCAGUGAGCAGUUGCUUAAAAUCACCACCCUUCAUGACGAGCAUCUAAAUCAUGAAAUUUCUGCAGAGAUGUUUCGGAAAGUGUCUGCUAAACUGAAAAGGUCAUCAGUUGGAGCACCAUCUCCAGCAGUUAAGCGACACAAAGACGAUUCACCAACCACGUCAUCGUUGUCACAGUGCAACCCAUCUCCUACAGUUUGUCAGGCUUCGCCAUUGACUGCUAAUUCCGCUCUUCAGGCAAACAUGGGGACCAGCGGAGCUAAUACACUGGCUGCUCAGAUGUCGCUAUCACAAACAAAUCAAAUGGCGAAUAUGGCGAUAGCUCUGCAACAUCAACAGGUUUUUUGA